UCGCACUACAACUAUUUAAAGAGCGUCUUAACCUAAAGACAUUCAGUGCAACAACAGAUCUCCUCCUCUCAGCAUCUCUUUUAGCUUUGUUAGUAAAACGAGUUAUAAGUGAAUAUCUGAAAUGCUGAACAAAUCAACAGCGAUCUUCUUAGUUGUAUUGAUUGGUUCGUUGACGACGGCAGUCGCCGGACACCGGAAAUAUCUAGAGCGCAAAUUGGCCGGCAUUCAUCAUCACCUGCUGGGUUCUAGGGGAGAAAGAUGUCCACCAGGAAUGAAACUUGUCUUUAGCACUAGCUCCCCAAGUUUAUUGGCAGGAAACUUUGCAGCCAGGUGUGAACGCUCCGACAUUGCUUCCCCAUUAACCUCGUCUAACACCUUGAUUCAGUCAAGCACAGCCUUCGAUGCGCCAAAAUUCCAGCAGUCUAGCGCAACAUUGCAGCCCAGCGAAAUUUUCAGGCCGUUUCCAUUUUUACCGGGUGCUGCCUUUGGCCAUCAGUUGAUGGGCUUGAAUAGAGCCGCUUUGCCCAGUGGGUUUUUACAGAAAGAGCGAGCAUUGCACAAGACUUUGGGUUCAAAACUAAAUCGACACUCUAUGAAGCACAUUUUCCAUAAAUCUAAAUUUUAACAAGUGAUGAAUUCAUGGACUGCGAGAUAAUACUAAGUGCACAUGUUGGAAAUAAGGAACUGCUCGAAAGGGGAAAAAAAUACAGAAAAGUGUAACGACCA